UUUACAAUUCAACGCUUUGAGUGGUGCACUGACGAUAAGCAGAUUAAAUGCCAGUGACCAAGGAGAUUACACCUUCUCUGUUGAUGGGAAAGAGUUGAAAAUAAUGGUGUUGCUUGUCUUUGAUAAAGUUAAAGAAGAGGUUGGUCUCCUUGGCUCAUCAGUUUUGCUGGAUCCUGAACUCCAAAGUUAAUCCCAGCAAGAGUGAAAUAGUUUGGACCUUCAUCAGCAGGAACAUUUUGCAUCAUGUCCCAGGUCACAGCUCAGUGGAACUGAGUGACCAGUUCAAGUUUCGUCUGCACUUUGAUACUUCUAAUGGUGCUCUGACUGUGAAUGGAGCAGAAGAUGGUGACCAAGGAGAUUACACCUUCAUUGUGGAUGGACAAGAGCUGAGAAUAAUACAACUAUGCCUUGUUGAUGAGCUGUCAGAAGGUUCCAUAUUUACCAACAUCGAAUCACUGGGUUUCACGGUCGAGCUCACCUGUGUUGUCCUUGGAGAUUCGAAUGUGUAUCAGUGGCAAAGGAAUGGAGGGGAAAUCUCCCAGCGUCACCAACUAACAGACGAAAACAGAACACUUGUUAUCCCAAGCGCUUCAUCUGAAGACUGUGGAGUGUACACCUGCAUCACAGCCAAUCCUGUCAGCUCCAUCCAGACAAACUACACCUUAAUGUUGCGAGGGCUUUCCAUCAAAGAUGUUACAAUGAUUGCUGCAUUGACUGCAGGACAGGUGAUUUCUGCAGCAUCUCUUCAUUCAGCCAUGUUACCAGACCAGUGGAGGUGGAAAACUCUCGGAGGACGUUUGGGAUAUACAUUUUAUUUUCUAAGCCUGCAGAUUUGUAAUACUUUGUCACUUACAGCCAUGUACACGGCGUUAAUGUAUUGGUUUGUGGUUGAAGGCCUUUCAGCAUUGGACUUUGCAGUGAUUGGUGUGAUGAUCGUAGGAUUGCAGUUUUCUUCAAUUUAUAUCAAUGAACUUCUGUAUGUGACCAAGAUCUGGGAAUUAUUGAAAGGUUCUCAGAUGACCAGAAUUUGGAGGAAAUUGAAAGCCAUCUGUGAUACUGUCCUCAUCAAUUGUUUCAUCAUUACUUGGAUCGUCAGCGCUACGAGUUUUGGCCUUUCCAAUGCGGGAAUUGUCAGUGUCGUCUUGUCAGUCGUACUGCCAAUUGUGUUCAUUUUAAUUCUCGUGUGUCGGUACAUAAAAGAUUAUUUGGACACAGGGUAUUCCAUCAAGGACACUUUAAUUACAGCCUUGCGGUUCUUUGGCCUGAUGUUGCCAUUGGUGAAUGUUAUGCUUCUGUUUUACUUGAUCUACAAGAAGAUGUUUUAUACAAGUUGGGUGUUCUUCCAAACUGGUUUCUUUAACCUGGUAUUCUUACUUAGCAUUUCUGUCAGCACUUUGAUUCCAGGUUUGUACAGCAAGGACACUGUAACGAUUGCUGCAUCAAUCACAAUGCUGGUGUUGUUUCUAGUGGUUUUUAUUUCAUUUGUGAUUCUUUGGUGGAAAACAUUUUGGUAUGAAGGCGUGGUUAAAUUCAGAAGAUGGAUGUCUGUCUAUAACGUUGGUUUUCUCAUUGUCAUCAUCAUUGCUACAAUUUCCUGGACAGCGUUUAAAGGCCUCAGACCAGAGGAUGUAGGAGUUGUUGUUACAUCGAUCGUGGGACUGGUGUUUUCUACAGCAUAUGCUAUUAUAUUCAUGUGCUGGUCAAGGAAAGGAUCUCCAGAAGACAAGCAGUGGUGGUGGCGACUGAAUAUUUGUAACAUUGUGGCUCUUGUCUUCAUCCUCAUUGCCCUCCUUUGCUGGAUUGUGUCUAAAGAUCAAAGCUGCAAGACCAACAUUCCAAUCUGGAUCAUAUUCACUAUAUCAGCAAUCACAUUUGUGAUAGCACUAUCCAGAUUCUUCCCAGUUUGCAGCAGAAACAAAGGAGCUAAUGAGAACAACCGUGCUGAAAUAGAACAGGAUCAUGGAGAAGUGCAGGAAUUACAAACUCUCAGCCCAGAUCAUGAAGCUGAACCUGAAAAUCAUCCGGUCAGUUAGAAGGGACAUGACAGCCCUCAGUUCCAGCGGUGACUGUGAGGGCAGGUUCUGUGUCCCUGCUGUAGACUGGAGCCUGGAAAAUCCUUCCCUCCAACAGUGGGAACAUGGUGCUCUGCAGCUGUAACUUGUCUUACCCUGAGUGAGAACAAUACUGCACUCAUUUCAGCUCUCAGCUUCCGGUGAGAAAUUCAAUCCUUGAUAAUCUGGCAAAAUUCUCAUUGGCACCGGAAUCAUUUUAAGGAACCAGGAAAGAGCAGCCCAAAGGGGCUCGGCCCACAAGACCUUAUGGAUAUAUCUCAGAUUUAGAUCUCUUGAAGGUGCAAUAACUACAUAAUAUGUGCUUCAGAAGACAGUCCUGACUGCAAUCUGGGACAUCAAAUUCAGGCUCCCACACACAGUUCAACUGCUUUGCCUGAUGAAGACAACCACAAUCAGAUUUAUUGUCACUGUGUUAUGAGAUGAAAUUUGUUGUUCUGUGACAAGAUCACUGCCUCUCAGAUUCCUCGCCUCAGGAUCAUUCAUUGCUGAUCUCUACCACAUCUCACACUUUACUCCUUGCUGCUGCCUGGCUGUAGACCUGGAGGGUCACCAAGGCCCCCUUGUACAACAAGCACCUCUUGUGGUUAAUGUUCCCCACCAGAAUGACAAGGUCUCUCUGAGUCCCUCUCCUUUCCCAUCAUUUCCAAUCUGUUUGUGAAGCAGCAACACUUCCUAUUGCUUGUAUUUGUUUGUGCCAUCGAGGCUGACUUCCCCUGUCAUAGCAGAGAGGUGAAGUGCUGGCAGCUGAGAGAGAUCAAACAGAACAUCCCGAUGUCACCAUUUUCACUCCCGGCCAUGGCAUUGCUCUUCCAUCAUGUCGGUGUUACAGGAGUUACCCUUUGUACCCUCGCAGUAGUCAGCUGGAACUGGAGUUCCUCUGUUCACCUGUUUACUGGAAUCUGUGCAAUGAAAUCACCAGGCUACAGUUUCAGGACAAUAAUCCCCAUUCAUACACGGAUCGUUAACCCUGAGUAUAAUAAUGAGGCCGGCAUCAUCCAACUCGGAGUGACACAUCAGUGAUGAGCAUUUUCUUCAUCAAUCCACAAACAUCGAACUAUUACUCCUGGGCCAUCCUGAGAAGGGUCACAGAGUCACACAGCACAGAAACAGGCCCUUCGGCCCACCAAAUCCAUGCUGACCUACACAUGCCCAUCUACACUGAUCCCAUUUGCAAUCAUUGUGGGAUCUACGUCAAAUCUGUCAUUUUCCUGCCCAGAUUGUCUGCCAUUAGUCAAACUGAGGACAGUAUGUAUACGCCACCCCACCUUUGUGUUGUUGUGUCAGACUAAACCAGUGAAUCCAAGCCCAGAAAUACUUUCCAUUUUAUAAAAGUAUUAAAUUGCUCUGGCUAUUACACUAAUGCUGUCCUGAGAAAUCCCAUAAAGAUUGUGAUUUUCCCCAGUACUAAUACCAGGUACAUUUCUUCACAAAAUCCCUCCCAUUUCUGUACAGUGAGCAGUGAAACUGCAAUAAAACUCUAUGAGUUUGAAUGUUGUAUUGGAGGGUGAUUUUGGGAUAUUUUAAUUCCAUGCUCUAUGAACAUUUUAAACAUGUUGUCUGAUGUCUCUUUAUGUGCCAUUGUUGAUUAAAUAAGCCACUUCAGUUUUGCUGUUGGUGAUAAUUCUUUAAUAGUAUCAGCCUAAUUAUGGGAUAAUUUACAAUGUCCAACUAACCUCCCACCUUUGGACUGUGGGAGGACAGAGGAGCAUCUGAGGAAACCCACACAGUCACAGGCAGUGUGUACGAACUCCUUACAGACAGUGGAGGGAAUUGAAUCCGGGUCACUGGUACCAUAAAGUGUUGUGCUGACCAAUACAGUACCAUGGUACAGAAAAUGCCGGAAACACUCAGCAGUUCAGGCAGCAUCUGUGGAAAAAGAAACAGAAUUAAUGUUUCAGGUUGAGGACUCAGAACUGGGAAAGAUUGAAAUCAGGUUGGUUUUAAAUUACAAGGAGGAUGGAGGGGGUCAGUAAAACAAAGGGUCAGAGUUUUCGUGGGAUACGUUGUAGAUGAGUUCACUGGGAUUGUAAUGAAUGAAGUUAUUAGGGAGGUGGAACAUGAACAAAGGAACAUUAAACUCUGGAGUGAGGGAGAUGGAGCACACACA